AUGUGUUACGGAAUCCUCUACGGUGUCUCUCAGGCCACGCUGAAGAAGUAUCGCGGUUGGGCCAACGAGUACAAGCGGUUCAUGGCUCACGAGCUGCCUAAACUGGACGCGGGUAGGUUUGGUGAUGAGGCCGCGCUGAGAAACGCGAACCUCGACGAGAUUGGGGCCGCGCUCGAACAGAACAUGGGUGGUGAUUGGAAGAUGGCGGAGAGCGACGAGCAGUGGUUCCACGGCCUUGAGACAAAUCCGUGGCGCUUACGCAAAUACGUGACCUUCCUCGUGAACGAGACAGUCGCGCAGGCGGACAGGAUGGCCACACUCAAGCGGCCGCAGAAGACCUUGAAGAAGAGACGCCAGUGCACCCCGGCAAUGCUGAUGGGGCGUCUCAAGGCUUUGAACCUGCUCAUCAAGCUGGACGGGGCCAUCUUCAGGAAGCCCGUUCUGAACCUGCUGCGCGACUUUGCGGAGACGGGCAAGACAAACAAGGACUUCUUGCUUAACUACAUAUCUGCUGUGAGGCACAUCGAUUGGACGCUGUGCGCGGUCGGAGCCACGCUGCUGUGGCUGCACUGGGUGUACGACUUGGUUCCCAUCCUCUAUGAAGACAUAGCCCCCCCUCUCGACUUCACGGAACCCUCCACGUGGUACGAUCAAUACCUGUUCUUCCCCCUUCGCGCGGGCAACGAGAAGCAAAUACCGCCCACGACUCAUCACGACUGGGCGGCGAAAAUACUCCAAGACGCUGGAAUCACAUGCUCGCGUGCGGUACACGCGACCAGGGCUGGGGGGGCGCAGCACGCGUCCGCGGACGGAAUGCCUUCGGAUCAGCUGGCGAGGCUGGGGGGUUGGCGCUUCAUCGACGUGAUGACUAAGCACUACCUCACAACCAUUCCAAGGGAGGCCGUGCUACUGAAGGCGGGCUUCACCGGGGUUGACGGUGACUACUUCCUGGGUCGCGCAACUGUUCCGGUCAGCGAUAAGCUGGAUGAGCUACUGAGGAAGCACAUUUUCCCAUGGGCCACCGCGGACAAAGGACAGCAACAGGUAUGUGUGGUCCGCGCAUACGCGACCGAGGUGAGUACCAGAAUGGACGCGCAGAACCAAGUGACCGUCCUCACUGAGUACUUGACUUGUUCACAAGCGGAGAACACCAGACUGGGCCUAGAGUUGGUCGCGACUCAUAAACGGGUGAAAGAGCUGGAGGGGCUGCUGGAGGAUCGCGAUCGGAAACUGGCCGAGAAGGACGAGCGCGUGAAUGAUUUGGAGGCUCAGCUGUUGCGGCUCACCGUGAGCAGCUCAGGGCCGACCGCGGUUCCGAACCAGGCAACCACUCCUGGAGCCGCGGCCGCGUCGACCAAUGCCACAACUCCCACCGAGCAGGGGACGCGGAAGAAACCCGCAGCGCCUACCAGGGAACAGACAAUUCGGGACGCGAUCGUCCUUCCAUGGGUCAACGCCACCAAACCGUCAGACGGAUGGAAGCUGUACAAGACAACGCACCCGCUGAUCCUCGAGAGUCGAGAGUCGCUUCUGGCCCAACCCCGCGGCGCAGUUACGCGAAUGGCCGCGCUCAUUGGGGAGGAGGGAGGCGGCCAGAACGCGAUAAACCGUGUUAAGCGAAUCAUGAACUUCAUCGCCCACAGGGUGGAGCAAGGAGACGACAUCGCGGUAGUGCUCGACAAGCUCGACCUCAUGUCAGGUGCUGUGGGCAUGUCGGGUGUAUCGGAAGGGAUCGCGGUAAAGAAGAAGAGUGUUGACCUGGAAGUGAGCCAGCUAAAGAAGGGUUCUCCGGUGGAGGUGCAGUUGCGUGUGAAAUGGAUGCUUGUUCGCGACCGUCUCAUCAAUGCCUCACUUCCCGCUUCUGAGUUCACAGUCGCGUGGCCCCAGUACUGUGCGCUGAUGCCAGACUUGCAGUGUUGA